AUGGUUGGCCUAGGGCCGAGUGAUCAAGGACGUGAUUCCUUUGAUGUGUGUAUGGUGGCACGUGAAAUUACACCGAGUGCGGUCGGCCGUGAGAGCACCGUACUGAAUGUCGGUAAUGACAUUGUUGGCCAUAUGCCAUUUAGUGUGGGAGGCCGUGAAGGCACCACGCUUAACGCCGGUAAUGGCGUUGUUGGCGAUUCGCCACAUUGUGUGGGCGGCCGUGAGGGCACCACACCUAAUGUCAGUAAUGAUAUUGUUGGCGAUACGCCGUAUAGUGUGGGCGGCCGUAAGGGCACCACACCUAACGUCAGUAAUGACACUGUUGGCGAUACGCCGUAUAGUGUGGACGGCCGUGAGGGCACCACACCUAAUGUCGGUCAAGACAAAAGCUCUCGUGUAGAGCGUACCAUGGUUGGUAGUAACCAUGGGGACAAUAUUGUCCCGACCCCUAAGGGGGAGUAA